AACAUUGGGGGUCCAAAGUGCCAAUAAGUUAAACUUACGAACAUAUCAUUGUUCGUUAUCCCAUUUUAUCAAAGGGAGAAAGAAGAAGAGCUGAAUCAAACAAUGGCAGCAUCAACCCUAACUUUCAGUGGCUUUUCAACUCUACAAACUUUCCCUAGAAUUGAAAAUACAAAACGCCUCAACUUCUCCAUUCGGUCACAGGUGUUUGUAAUAUAUAUAUAUAUCUUUAAAUUUGAUGUACAGAGCGCGUCGAAUUCUAAAAACGAAGGCCGUGGACAUAGGAAAAUAUGGAGGCGAAGAAAAUUGACGAGAAAGGAUGAUACGUUAGACGCCAAAAUGGAAAGGAUUCCUUUCCUUGAGGAGCAGGUGAGGAAGAUAAGGGAUGGGGGUAAACUAUUGACAAUGGACAUUCAUAGACUAUUACUCAACGAGGACAACCGGUUUGACUUUGUCAAUGAGAUUGCAGCAGAGGCCAAACAGUAUGUUGAGAACAACCGAGAUGAAUAUGGUGCGAAGAAGGCUAUCCUUCAUGUGCUUAGUAAUCGUAUGAAUGAUGCUGGAGUUUAUCGUGCAGAGGCAUACAUGGAAUCUGACCCCUUCAAGCCAGGCCCUGGAUAUUUGAAAGACGAACUACUGUAGAUCAUUAGUUAGCUAUACUUUCUGUAUUAAUAUAGCGCUUCUGUAGUUGGUAGGCGCUACUAUAUACAUCUCCAUCUGGGGUUUAAUGUCAAAUGAGGAGAGGUGAAAAAACAUCAUAGCACUUCAAAUAAAAUAUUUUUCAAAAGAUAGAAGAAAA